GGCAGUUUCUCCGACGCUGCGAUUUUGCGCAUGACAUUUGCUCGAAACGGAAGUCGCUUCAUGGUUGGGGAGAAACAAAACUGCUCGGAAAACAAGUCAACCAACUAGCAAACUUAUUUGCCAUCCUCAGGGGUGAUGAUAAUGGCUAACAUCGCGGAGCAAAGAAUACGGAGGGAGUUUAAAGAAGUAGUUAAAAGUGAUGAGGUAGCAGCAUGCAACAUCAAGGUGGAGCUUGUAAAUGACACGUACACACAUUUGCGUGGAGAAAUUAUGGGACCACCAGACACCUAUGAAGGGGGCAGGUUUCAACUAGAAAUUAAAAUUCCAGAAACAUACCCUUUCAAUCCACCUUUGGUAAGGUUUAUAACAAAGAUUUGGCACCCCAACAUCAGUUCUGUAACUGGAACAAUCUGUUUAGACAUCCUGAAAGAUCAAUGGGCAGCAGCCAUGACUUUGCGAACAGUCCUGUUAUCCUUGCAAGCACUUCUUGCAGCUGCUGAACCAGAUGAUCCACAAGAUGCUGUUGUGGCUCAGCAGUACAAAGAACAUCCUGAGAUCUUCAGGCGCACUGCCCUUCACUGGACAUCAGUCUUUGCAAAAGGGCCCAAGAAGGAUAAAGAACUUGAAGACAAGGUGGCCAGUUUGAAGAACAUGGGAUUUGAAGAGCAUCAAGCAAGAGUUGCUCUUUCAACAAAUCAGUGGGAUCUCACACGGGCAGCAGAAUAUUGUCUCAGCUAACCUCUUCAGCAUGUAGACAGGCUUUGCAAAAUGGGAUUUCUGAACCAUCACUUUUUCCUGGUGGUUGAAGCAUGUUUUACUGUAGGAUGAAGCUUGUAAACAUCUGGAAUAACCCUGAUGACUGUGCUUGGUCUUCUUAAAUGAUCGUUUGUUAUGCUUCUCACCAGACAUUCACAAUACCUUUUUUUAAAAAAAAUAAGUCAUUACUGAUUGAAAAGUCAUGGAUGAUGACGUAUCUUUUUUUUCAGCUUCACCUACUUAUUAAGAAAAUAAGUCCUUUCGAUUUAAACCAGUAGGCAAACACAUAAAUGUGUACAUACUCAUUAACUCUUGCAACUGCAUGCAUACCUUUCAUAUGCUUGCAUGCAUAUGUGUGCAUUCAUACACAUACACAUAUUCCCUCUCGAUGCGAAGGAGCCUUCUGUAAUGUUCCUUUAGCCCAACAUGCAGCAUUUUUCUGUUAACACCAUUUCUAUUCCCUAAGUAAUAAGGACAACUUAUAUACUGCUUCUCUUGCUUUCAUUGCAGAAAAGUUGAGAGAAAAUGUAAAACAUAAAAAGGAAUAAAAAUAAGAGAAAAACAGGUAAUGCAGGAGAGUGAAUAAUCAUUGAAUUGUUUGCAUUGUGAGUGUGUGUACCUGAGGGAUAAAGAGCUUAUGCAUCUAAAUGAGUGCAUGUGCGAAGGCAUGAAAAUAGGUUAAGCAGUGCUUUGUAUUAUAUUCUGUACAGCCUUGUUAACAUACUUUGACCUGUCAAAACUUGGGUGAGUUUGAUGUAUUUAUGGUACAGUUAAACAAACUUCAACUGCAAAGAUGAGAAGUGGUGGCUUCAGGAACAACAUGCAGACAAUAGUGCAUUCAAAAGUGAUCUUCAUCAUAUUUGAAAUUUGUCACCUGGCAAGUUUCUGGCUAAGGAGCAGUCCAGUGCUUUUGCACAAGCAAAUCCACAGGUCUUACAACUGUUGCUGAUGCCUGACCUGAAAAUUUGUUUUACUGUGUACAUUUUAAUAAACAUUAGCACUUGUCACUACAGAUUGAGAGAAAUGUGUGGAAUGAAUCAAUCUUAAAAGGGCACUUGCAAAACCAUGUAAAAGUAGUAUUUAUAUACAUGUGCUGUCAUAGUUGCAAGAAGUUGCUGUUUUCUGCCUAUAUUAAACUAACUUGUAGCUUGGAAAAUGUUUAGGAAAGUAAGAAGUUCAGUUAAUUUGCCUGUAAACCUGUUUCAUGCUGCAGCUGUUAAAUCUUUCCUUAUAUUGUGUUGGAAUUGUACUUUUCUGUUGCUGUUUAUGUUCAUGCAGUUCUUACAUUAACUUCCUUCGUGAAAACAGUGGGUCUCAAGAACUAGUUUGUAUGUGUGUGUGAAUGUUUUUGUCCCAAGGCUACUUAGUAACAUUUUUUUUAUCUAAUCUAGGGUUGUGUUUUGCCAAGGUAAAGUUAUCUCUUACUUCUUCCUUGUGGAGGAAGUAUGGACAAAGUUUAUACCUCUUUUAAGGUUAAAAAGAUGAUAAAUGUGUUGGAUUGUCUGCCUUGCAACUAGAAAACGUCCUCAGCCUACUCUGAGUAUGAGGGUUUGUCAGGGAAGCUAAAUGAUGGCAGGAGAGAUUGGAUUCUGCCUUCUACAUGCAUUGCCAUAGACACACUGAACCACAUGCUUUCUCCCCCUGAGUGAUUAUUGAGCCAUUAUGUAUUAUUAAGAACUACUGACCUGGGAUAUCUAAGGAUAUUUAAAAGAAAAUGUUAUCCUGAAAAUAUUUACUAUUCUUAGAGAAAGGCUUUUUGGUAUAUCUUCAUAACUUGUGAUCCUUAUUCUUUAUUCUAUGUUCAAAUGGCUGUGGACUAUAAGAAAGAGACUUGUUUGCUUAACAGUAAUGUGCACCAGUAUAUAUGUAUAUAUAAAAACCAAAAUUUAGCAAAAUUUGACCUGAAACAAAAUCUUGCAUUAUUGAAACAUUGCCUUCUUUGCCUACUUGUAGUCAUUUGAAAACAAGACUUUUAUUAACUGAGGAUAGUGAAAUGUUUAUAAGUGUUCUUCGUUCCAAAGAUUAAUUUUAUAAUAUGCAUCUAUGCAUAUCAUUAAAAUAGAGGAAAUCUGCUAGAAACAAACUGAUAAAGUAGAAUACAAAAUGUGAUGCUUGUUUAGAUAUAAAACUGUAAUAAAGAAACAAAUGCAGAUUGCAUUAAAGUCCAGUGUAAACUGAAAUAAACGUAAUGCUGAAAAUUCUGAAUACUGGUGUUUUCUCUCUGGUUGUGUAACCCAUCCAAAAUAACUUUCAGUGCUGAUAACCUACGCAUGUUAAUAGUGGAGGUGAGAUUUGAAUCAUGACAGGUGGCUCCAGUUGUCAAUUAUAGUCGACAUUGGUCAAUUCCUGUAUAUGCAAAAGCAGUCAAAAUUACAAAAUUACUCUUUGUGUGUAGAGUGCAUCGAAGUUAUUUCAAAUGAACCUUUUCUUGCAUAAUGGAUAGAAGUAUAUACACUUUUCCAUGAGCAGUGCUAGACGAGAUGCAUAGGAGGAUAUGUGCAUUACUUGCCUUCAUAGCCCCCAGUCUAUGAACUGAUUAAUAUCCUCUAUGAAAUUAUUGGGGGUGGGGUAGGGCAAAAUAAUAAAAACUGUGCACUUGUAGGGAAUGUAAAACAUCCUUAAUCAUGUGUGCACACAUCUUGCACACUUCAAGUGUUCUGUAUUCUGCCAUGUGUAUUACCCUCUCAGAGGUGUGCACACCUCUUCAUGUGCUCUGCAUUCUGCCAUGAGCGCUUCACUUCUAUGGCUGCACAUGGAAGCUGCUUACCUGAAAGUCUGCAGAUGAAGCUUCAAACAUAUGGUUCAAACCUGGCAGUAGAUGGACAGCAAUAAUGGUACUAUGAAAGACCAAAUUAUGGGCUUAGACAGAAAACCCAGAUCUAUAGUGCCAUCUGAUUAAGUCUGAUCUACACAUAACUAGUGGGAUACAUGCUUAAAUGUUUGCAACUCUAAAUUUGAAAUCAACAAAUAAUUUAUCUUCAUGAACUGCAAUAUAAAAGUUAUCAUGCAUGGAAAGUGUAGUGUGUUGAUGCAGCUGAUUUACACCAUUUUGUAAAGAUUUUUAUUUGUUGCCAAUGUCUUUGUCUUUUUCUCUGCUGUGGCUUUUAAUUAUCUGUGUUUUCUCUGGUUUUAUUAUUAGCUUUAUGGAUUAAGGUUCACAAGAGAAAAUAAGCUUAAGAAAAGAAUUGAAUGAUGUUAAUAUUUUCUGGCAACAUUUUCAUAAUGUCUGGUUGUUUUUAAAAAUUUUUAGGAAGUCACAUGCAAUAUGAUCUAUGCUAAGUGAAAUGAGGCACAAUUUGAAAUUAAUUAUAGAAUGUCAUCAGUAUGGGCCUUAAAGAACAGUGAACAGAGAUGUCAUGUUCCAGGUUUGCUUAUUUAAAUUCCUUCUGCCACAACCAGUUAUUUUUGUUCACUGAUCUUAAUAUCAAUUUGUGCAUAAAAAUAGGGCAUCUUCUAAGCUACCCAUUGAUCUUUUUCAUGCACAAAUCUAUUCACACUUAAGUUCGUGAGAGUAUAUGUUUCAUUCACUUUGACUGGAUCUUUUACUCCAAGAAACAGAUUAAAUUUUUGGAUUGAUGUAUGCAAAUAAUUAAGUGCAGAGUUCGCAAAUAUUUAAGUUCAGGUCUGCACCCACUUCUACUGAAAGAAAUGUUGAACGUAAAGCUCCAGGACUUUUUAUAAUCAUGAUUGUGACUUAUAUGACUUGAAUAUCUUAAAUACAUCAGAUAUGCCCCCUCCCCCAAAGAGUGUCAUAUGGUGGUUUAUGAGUUUCAACCUUCCUGUGUUGGAGAUCACAUGCUUUAAAAGGUUUGUUUAAAUGAAUAUAUAUAGCAUGAAGGAAACCAAAUAAAUACAAACUAACAAAAUACUUCUUGAAUAAAAAAUUUUUGUGUGCAAAUACUUCUUGAUAUAUGCAUUUGAUUUUCUCUGAUUCUUAGUUAUUUUUUACAUCAAGUUUCUCAUAAAUAUUCAGCUUGACUUUGCCACUUAAAGUAAGACAAGUCCAACUUCAGCAUCGAGAUGUCUGCUUCUCAUCCUGCAUCUGUAUAGCUGAUUGUAACGCAUAUCAUAUGCUAAUUUAAAGUGAAUAAAAUAAAAUCGUUA